CUGUCAUGUGAUCAGCUGUGUCCAAUCACAGCUGAUCGCAUCAGCUGUCACAAUGACAGCUCGGGAGGAGAGGAGAGCCGGUAAUCAGCAUUCCUCAGAGGGGACAUCUACACUGAUCAUCAGGGCACUGAUGAUCAGUGUAGCCCCAUCAAUGCCACCUGUCAGUUUUUAUCAAUGCCACCUGUCAUUGCCCAUCAAUGCCAGCUCUCAGUGCCCAUCAGUGCACAUCAAUGCCACAUAUCCGUGCUUACCAGUGCACAUCAAUGCCACAUAUCAGCACCCAUCUGAGCUGCCUUUCAGUGCCAGUCAGUGCCACCUAUCAGUGCUCCCAAUCAGUGCCACCUAUCAGUGCCAGUCAGUGCUGCCUAUC